UUGGGAAACGUCAGUGGAAGGAGGCGCAGGCAACCUUGCUAGCGGACGUCUUGGCUCGUUCAUCACCCACAAACUUGGUUCUUUUUGGUGCUGGACAACCUGAACAGUCCCUUUAGUGGAAUCCUUGGAAAACCACCAGCCUACCUGCCCAGAGAGUCUAUGAGUACGGCUGCUGACCUGCUGGAGGAGUGCCCUGGCAUGGCUCGCACAGUGAAUCCUUUGGACUCCAGCUCCCUUUUGGAGUCCCGUUCUCGCAGCCCUGAAGUCUCUGAGCUGAGUGGCUUCAGCUCUGGUUCUCACAAUGUCUGUGAUAUGUUGUUCUCUUUGCAGAUUUCACCUCCCCUCCCUUAUCUUGCAUCAAACAUGGAGAAGGACUUGGUGCAACUGGGCUCUAGUCUGGACCCCCAGGACACAAGCUCCCCUCUCACCCCACCAUCAGGCGCCACUCCGGGCUCCUCUGCGCUUUCUCGCCGCUGGCGCACUGGCUCCCUGUGGCCUGCUACGGACACACUGGACCAGGCUGAGGAAGCGUUUAGCAUUGAGAGGGAGGCCCGUCUGCAUAGACACGCUGCAGAUGAAAAUGAACCAACCUGCAUUUGGAGUGGUCAUCUGCCCCCCAGUAACAACAAGUAUCGGCUUUACUCCUGCAAGGUCUUUGUUGGUGGUCUACCCUGGGAUAUUACUGAAGCUGGACUCAUCAACACUUUCAGUGGCUACGGCCCUCUGACUGUGGAGUGGCCUUGUAAGGAUGGCAACCACCCUUCUCACCCUCCUUCAGGUAAUGUGGCCAAAGGCAAAGUCUACCUGGUUUUUGAGUACGAACAAUCUGUGCGGGCCUUGCUCCAUACCUGCUAUCAGGACCCGUUUCACCCAGACUUUAGUCGGGAGUACUACUUCAAAUUGUGCAGUGGCCGAAUGCAUGGCAAAGAUGUACAGGUUAUUCCCUGGGUCAUUUCGGACAACAGCUAUGUGUGCUGCUCUGCUCAUCAUUUGGAGGCCAGCAAGACUGUUUUUGUGGGCGCACUGCACAGGAUGCUCAACGCCAAAGCGCUGGCCAGGAUUAUGAAUGACCUGUUUGGAGGAGUCGUACAUGUGGCCAUUUACACAGACAAACACAAAUAUCCCAUCGGCUCUGGACGCGUGACUUUUAGCAAUCAGCAAAGUUACCUGAAAGCGGUGUGCGCAGCCUUUGUGGAGAUCAAAAGCCCCACGUUUACAAAGAAGGUCCAGAUUGACCCUUACCUCGAAGACUCCAUGUGUCAAGUUUGCCUUUGCCAAGAUGGUCCUUUCUUCUGCAGAGACCAGGCGUGCUUAAAAUACUACUGUCGCUCGUGCUGGCACGGGGACCAUUCCAUGGAUGUCCUGGGCAACCACCAGCCCCUCAUGCGCAAGAAAUAGAACAGGGACUCCGGCUCGGAGGCCUCCAGCAAACGUCCUCUCGGGGAUCAGCUGCAGAGCAGAGGAGAGCACGUCUCAGACGGCCGUCGGCGUGAGGGGCAGGGUACUCCACCGGGCACUGGGGUUAGAUCACUAGGAAAUGUUCGCUUUUUGCACUUGCUCUGUUUUUGCUGUUCACAGUUGGCACGUUUACAUGUUGCAUGGUGACGAGCAGUCAUGCAAGUGUCAUUGCCAUUCAUUGGCAAAUGCCAUACAGUGCCUUUAAAUUUGUAGUUUUUCCCUCCCUGCCCUUCCCCCAGUUGAUGUUUUUCCAGUGCAAGCUAACUGGUGUUUCUUACUUCGGGAGUUGAAUGUUGGGCUUCAUUUAACCAAUUGCAUUUUAGACUUUUACAGUUUUUUUUAACUAAUUUGUACACACAGCGGUUUCAAGUCAUGACAUGAAAAAUUUGAACAGAAUUCUACCUGGAGGCAGUUUUGGAGAAAACCUUUUUAUUUCCUGAUCUCUUUUCCUGAUCCUUGUCCCCUUUUUUUCUGACCACUUUUAAUUUGUCCUGCCAGAUUUCACACUUUGUAAACCUUGUUUGCCCCCCUGUUGCGAUUGGACAUAGUUGCAUAAUUUCUGUGCCGAGGACUGUUGUUCCUUGUUCUCCAGUUCUUUUGCCCAGCUGCUUUUUACAGUUUGCAAAGUCUACCUCAUUGUGAUCUACAAAGUUUGCUCCCUACGGUUGUGGAGUUCUUUCAGAAUGGGCACAAUA